UGUGCAGUAACUUGCGUUGGAGCACUAGCACCAUGGCGUCUGGUUGCAAGAUUGGCCCGUCCAUCCUCAACAGUGACCUGGCCAGUUUAGGGGCCGAGUGCCUCCGGAUGCUGGACUCUGGGGCCGAUUAUCUGCACCUGGAUGUAAUGGACGGGCAUUUUGUUCCCAACAUCACCUUUGGUCACCCUGUGGUAGAAAGCCUCCGAAAGCAGCUAGGCCAGGACCCUUUCUUUGACAUGCACAUGAUGGUGUCCAGGCCAGAACAGUGGGUAAAGCCAAUGGCUGUAGCAGGAGCCAAUCAAUAUACCUUUCAUCUCGAGGCUACUGACAACCCAGGAGCUUUGAUCAAAGACAUUCGGGAGAAUGGAAUGAAGGUUGGCCUUGCUAUCAAACCAGGAACUUCAGUUGAGUAUUUGGCACCAUGGGCUAAUCAAAUAGAUAUGGCCUUGGUUAUGACAGUGGAACCUGGGUUUGGAGGGCAGAAAUUCAUGGACGAUAUGAUGCCAAAGGUUCAUUGGUUGAGGACCCAGUUCCCAUCUUUGGACAUUGAGGUGGAUGGUGGAGUAGGUCCUGACACUAUCCAUAAAUGCGCAGAGGCAGGAGCUAACAUGAUUGUGUCUGGCAGUGCCAUUAUGAGGAGUGAAGACCCCAGAUCUGUGAUCAACCUGUUAAGAAACGUUUGCUCAGAAGCUGCUCAGAAACGUUCUCUUGAUCGAUGAAAACAGCAAGGAACCCGGUGUUUCUGCUUAGGAGAUCUCCUUUUUACUGGAAACAAGAAUAUUGAUUACCAAAUCAUACCACAGUUGAGGCAGUGCUGCUUUUCUGAGCAAUUACUCUGUCCAGUGACUAAAAUCCAUUAUGCAGAAUGUUCCAAGAGGUUAGAAAUUGGUGUGUAUAACUACAUUUUUAGUGAUGGAAUUGAAAGAUUAGUGUGAUAAAAUACCAUUUUUACUGGGAGACUUGAUUUUUAUGAAAAGUAAAAAUAUGGCUGUAUUAAGGUUACAAGCAGAAAAGUGUCUUAAUGCCUAAGGAAGGCAUGUUAGCUACUAUGAAAAAAAAUUUUCUUCUGAAUUUCUAAAAAGAAUUUUCUUUGGUUUCUUUACUGUUUUCUGAAAGCAAAGGCAGUUCUUCAGUUUUUCCUGUUCCGUGUCAUUUUUGAUUUGUGUGUGUGCUAAGUUUGCAGCUGAUUAGGAGUGGCAUACUUAUUCUCCUAGCUUCAAAAACAUUUUUUUUUUUACUUUGCACCUUAUAUUUGAUAUAUUUUUUAAAAAAGUAUAUUAUGAAGCCCAGGGAUUUUCAAGUUGUUCUAAAAUAUGAGCACAAGUUUUAUCAGGGUAUUUUGUUAGCUGUCCUAGAAGGACAGAUUAUUCAGUGAUCUCUCGCCGCCCCCCACUGCCACCCCCUUUCCACUUUUUCUUAAUUAUACACACUAUUCCUAAGGACAUAAAAUGUUUUGCUAGCUCUAUGCUAAAAAAAGAAAAAAGGCCUCUAUUUAGAAGUAAUAUUAAGUUGAAUCCUGACCCUUCUGUUUGUUUGAUCUUAGCAAACCAAAUCAGCCAGCCUCUUUGAGCUUCUACUAACUGAUUUAUACAUUGAAUGUAAUUAUGAGAGUGUGGUAUUGUGUUGAGGAUUGAAAGAUUAUUAUAUAUGUAAACUUCCACUAUUCCUAGAAUCAUAAGGGUGUGGAAUUGAACAUGCCAAGGCAAAGUAGCUAUUAGAUAAAUUUGUUUUGUAGCUUAUAAAGUACGUUGAUAAAAUCUCAUGAAACCUACAGUCAAGUCCUAUGAAUGGUAAAACAGGUGUGUUUGUCCCCAUUAAAAAAAAAAUGAAGAUACUGAAACUCAUCAACAGGCUGCUACGAUGGAAAGAAUCCAGGAAAGCAUAGGAUUUCUGCUCUGUACUUUUUUUUUUAUAGAUGGAGCGCUUAAGAGGUGGAUUAAGCAAAGGAAGCUUAAUUGUCUUAUUUCCAGUCUAACUUUAAACUAGAAAAACCAAUUGCUAAGAAUAUUCUGCAACUAAUGACUUUUGACUCCAAGGAUAUAUAUUUUAUUAAUCCAAGAAAGACCAAGUAGGCUAAUAUAUGACAAAGUACAGAGUUAAUCCAUACACUAUUUACUGUUGUGUCCCAAAUUACACUUUGACAGUAGAUAUGUAUUACCUACUUCAUUCUUGUAAAUACUCUUGCUAUGAAAUGCACAUGGUAAGAAAUAACAAGACCAAUGUCAUUAAACUUUUUCAGGCUACUAUGAGUUUUGAGAAAUAAGGUUUGGAAAAUAGGAACGUUAACACUUUUAAGCAUGGCAUAGAGCUUCCUUGGUUUCUUCUGUGUUUUCAAGGUAAAAUUUUAUUUCUUACUGUUUAUUUUGGCUUAGGAAAGGCUUUGCCACACAGAUAGACGACAAGGCAUAUAGAAAUAGACACAGCCAACACAAGGCAUAUAGAAAUAACUUUUUAAUUAAAAAACUUACAUAGAGGAUUAUAAUAUCAGACAUGACCAAAAAAAAUUGAGUUUAUUUGCCUGGACAACUUGGGUUUUUCUGGCUUUUGUUUUUUAAAAAAAUGUACAGUAAAACUACAAGCAAAAAUUUGUCAGUACUGAAUUGGAAAUUUUUUCUUUAAAGAGACCAGUAUAAUUUCCAGUCUCUAACAAAAACUUACUGUCAGAUCCCCCAGAUUAGGCCAGAUGGCUAGGAUUGUCAGUUAUAUUAUAUGGGUACUACAACUUGAAUAACCUGUUUUACAUGAGAAAAAGUGAUUCAUAUAAAUUGUCCUCAAUUUUUACAUAGGAAAAAAUAAUGUAAUAGUGUCAAGAGAUUUUACUUUAUAUACACUCCAGUAUCCAAUACUGAAGUAUUAACUUUUUAAGAAUUUUAAUUCUCUCUCUAGGAUACAAGUAAGAAUAGAUGCCUGUUUGAAUAGAGUAAGCAAUGGUAAGGAGUGACCAGAUGAACUGAAGUACAAUAAUAUAGGAAUGGGAAUUUCCUGUUUGUUACUCAUUUUAAGUGGGAUGUUUAUGAGAUACAUAAAGCUCAAAUCUUAAAAGUUGUGUUAGUUUUAAAAUACACUAAUAUUUAACUCACCAUUGCUUUUCUUAUUCUGUCAGGAGUGAAUAGAAAAUAACCUGUGUUUAACCCAACAGACAGAUUAUCAGUGAUUUCAAAUAAAGUAUUAUGUUACCUGGUAUAGAAAUUUUCAUAAAUAACUUCUAUUAAAUAUGUCUUUUAAA